UACCUAAAAUUUAAAUACAUAAGCAUAAAUCAGAGUGGAAUAUUUAUAUUUUAGAUAAAAAUCUAUACUAAAUGGAUACUAUUUUUGCUAAGUAACGAUGGAAACGCUAUAUCACCAGACAACCCAAUUGAUACAAGAGACUUCUGAUUUGUUUUAUAAACUUGAAAGGAAUCCAGAUGUUGUUGAAAUAGAAAAUGAAAUCCAGUCGAAAAUAAAUGCUAUUAGUGCGAAUUGUGAGAAGCUUGAUGUCUUGGUCUUCAAAACACCAAUCAACCAGAGAUCCAUGGCUAAGAUGAGAGUAGACCAGUUAAAGUAUGACAAUAAACAUGUACAGGCUUCACUACAAAAUUCCCGAAACAAACGUCUAAGGCGAGAGCAGGAGAAGGCGGAAAGGGAGCAGCUGCUAAGUCGGAGGUUCGGCCACGACCACACAUCAAUAGACGUCGACUACAUGGCACAGGAGAGCAUGUCACUACAGAACUCACAUAGAGGGGUUGAUGAAAUGUUACAAACAGGUAGCAACAUCCUGGAGACGCUGAAGUACAACAGAGAAACGCUGAAGGGAGCUCAUCGUCGCAUGAUCGACCUGGCUAACACUCUCGGCCUGUCAAACGCGACCAUCUCCCUUAUAGAGAGGAGAGUCGCCCAGGACAAGUAUGUCCUCUUUGGAGGCAUGCUGGUCACUCUUACCGUGAUUGUCCUGGUCAUAAUCUACCUGGUGUAAAGUUAUCACAGCAUUUGUAUAUUGUUAUUUAUAAAUAUAGUAUUUUUACUUA